CCCCUCGCAUACGAGAGCCAGUGAUAACCACCUUGUCUCAUAUUCAACUAAAAAUGUGUUGCAGGUUACAUAUUUGACGCGGAGACGUUGUCGUACGCGUUGCCAGUGAUCCAACUGCAGUUGUAUGUGAACCCCGGAAUACCCUGCCUGAUGAUGUCAGCCAUCUUGUACCUCAUAGCUUGCAGGGGACCAAUAAAUGAAUGCCAACUGGCUUCAGAAUUUCUGAUGACACGAAAGCUCUUGCGUUACGAAUUCUUUUACACACACAAAACUCUUAGAGACACAUACCACGAGGAGCUGGAUUAUUGCCUGCGUCAAAAAGUGAUAGUACGCACCGACGCUGGCUACACGACGGAGGGCGGCAAUAAGAAGCUUCAGCUGUUGUUCCGCUGGGUGGCGUGCCCCGCGCUCGCCACACUCAAGGCGUGCAUUCAAACUAUGCUCGCGAAAAAUGUUUGCGAGCACAAGCAGGCGUUGAAACUGAUCCAGCAGAGAUUGCUGUCAGUCUUCAGCCAUCCUUACAGCUUGAGUCUGGAGGCGACGGCGAACUGUCUACAAGGACUCACGGCGUAUGGAGCUCUGGAGAAAGAAAAAAAUCAAGUGUUGACAUACAAGGCUGUGCCCGACAUCUUAGAAAUGUGCCAUAAUACGAUCAGCAAAUUACUGCCUGAAUUCAGAUUCACUCACAACGGAGUUGUAAUGAUGGAAGAGAAGACAAUCUCUCGACUAUAAAGUAUUAUUUAUUUAUUUUGUGAUUUCCCUUGGACUUACUUUGUGAGCUGGAAAUCAUCUGAAGCAAUCCUUCUUAAGUUCCGAAGUCUGGUGUUUAAGAAAUUUGUUUUUUUUUUUAUUGUAUAUUUAUGAGAAAUCCUCAUGUUCAAACAAAGGCCAAAUUCGCAAAGUAUACAUUAGUUUAAGAUUCAUUAAGUUAUUUAUUACAUGUGCUUCUAGUGGUUUGUGUGAAGGUACUAAUAUUUAAAUUAGUCCAAACAAUCCCCAUU